GAGCCCCUUUAAAAACACAACGCGUACGUUCUUUACGGGCCACGUCCAGAAGUGGGCGCCAAAACGACACGGGUUGGCUUUGGUCUUACGGGCCACCGUACUAGUUCUGGAUUCAAGCUAACAGCUCGCUGGCAAGACCCGGGCAGCGAUGGCCAUGCUGUCGGCACAGUUAGAAGAAGUGAGGAGCCAGGCGGAGAAGAGCUUAUUCAUGCCUGGUUCUGCGCAGGAGGUCAGGACAGGUGUGUAUGCCAUGGCCAACAUCCCACUCCCACCGUCAGCCAAGUACCGGUACAUUGCCGCUGAAGCCAUGGUGAUCGAGAACAGUGGUGGAAGUAACAAGAAUGAGACCAUAGCCUCUUUGCAGAAGCUGUCCACAGCUCUCAACAUCUUGGAGAAAUAUGGCUCCAACUUGACCAGCUCUAACAGACCCAAGUACUGGCGCACAGUGAAACACAACAACCCGGUGUUCAGAGCCACAGUGGAUGCCAUUCACGGUGGUCGAGCUGUGCUGUGUCUUUAUGGUUACACCAAUCAGCAGCCAGAUGGCCUUAGCUUUCCAGAUGAAGUCAUAGAGCCAGACAUCGCAAAGGUGGCAUCAGUGACCCUCGAGGUCAUGAGUCUGCGCAUGGAACUGGACAUGCUUGUUAAGGAUGUUCAUCCUCAUCCUGAGUUCUUUGAGAGAAUUAUCCACUCACUCACUCGGAAGCAGGAUGAUGAAGAAGUCAGCACAGAUUCGGCAGCUGUAUCUCCGGUUAGUGAUAGACCAUGGCAGAGAAUGUCUCUGCCUAUGAACUCUCUCUCCCAACCCAAAGGCCUGCUGUCUCUCUCCUCCCUCACCUCUGCCAAGCAAACAGCUCUCUCUACAGAUUAUUGUGGCAUAUGUAGAAUAUUCCCAGUGGCGUCCCACUGCAACACGUGUGCCCAGAGCUUAUGCUCAGAAUGUGACCGACUGUACCACUCACCCUCAGGACGAGCCAUGCACAUCAGGGUCCCAGUGGCACCCUCUAGACCAUCAAAGACGGUCAGCGCAUCACUGGCCACAUGGCAGUGUUCAUGCACUACAGUGAAUACAAUGCAGCAGGUGCUGUGUGACACCUGUGAACGCCCCCGUCUGGCGGCUGCUGCUGCCCCAACCAUGCACGAAGAACCACAGCAACCCUCUACCAUAACUGAGUGGCAGUGUAAGAGCUGCACAGUGGUGAACACUGGCAGCAGUGUUUUGUGCGAGGUCUGUGAGCGCCCUCGUCUGGCCACACGUCCUCCAGUCACCCCUUCACGACCCACACCGUCCACUGCAGUGCUGUUGGACAGUCAGUGGAUCUGUCAGGUCUGCACGUACGCCAACCACGCGUCGUCCUUACGCUGCGAAAUGUGUGACUUCUUGAGGUCCGACCCUGUCCCUUCGCCUUCCAAACCCCUCCCACCUUCCCCGGUCAUCGACUUCACACCGCUGUCCAUCAGACCCAAACUCACACCCACAGAAGACCCAGAUUUGAAGAGACAAAGAUUAAUGCGAGAGGAGGGGCUUAAACUGAUUCAGCUGAUCCGAGAGGGUGAAAUCAAAGGUGUGAGCCCAGAGGAGGUGUACACGAGCCUGCGGGUUUCAGGCAGCGGCAGCCUUAGUGGAUCGCCCUGUGACUGGGUGAAAACUGAGCUUCCCCUCAGACUGGAUGAAAUCUGUGCCAUAGCUGCCUCUUUCCAGCACAGCCCCAAACCACUGCACUCCACGCUGUUCAACUGCACUGGCGAGGAGAGCGGCCUGGAGGGCUUAAAGAGCGGCACUGUGCCUUUAUCCAGAGCCGAGGCCAAGCAGGCCUGGCUGACAGCAGGGGGUGACAGUGAGAAAGCUGCGAGACAGGCGCUGAGAGACCGAUGGGCUAAAGUAAAGGAGCUGGCCUCUUUGGGCUUUACUGACACAGCUGCCUGUGAGGAGGCCUUGAGGCAGAGUGGAGGGGAGGUCAGGGGGGCUCUUGUCUUGCUGCAGCGCCCCCUGUUAGAGCCCUUCCAUAAGCACAUGUGGAGCGAUGAACCUGAGCAACCCAUCGACAUCAACCACCCAGACAAACAACGAGUGUGUCGGAGGCUGCUUGCUACAUAUGAUCUGCCCAGCUGGGGGCGCUGUGAAUUGGUUCUGUCUUUGCUUCGCGACCCUGCUGCCCCAUACACGCUGGAGGAUGUGGUACAGGCCGUGCGGGAGUCACAUGACCGCGACUUCAUACGCCGUGUGCUGACCAAAGAGUGCCCAAUCUGCCUGUCCGUCUUUCCCCACAGCAAGAUGCAGUCGCUGACAUCAUGUCAGUGCUCCGUCUGCAGUGGCUGCUUUAAGCAGCACUUCACCAUCGCUGUCAGGGAUAAACAUAUCAGAGACAUGGUGUGUCCUGUGUGCUGGGAGCCUGACAUCAACGACCCUGAGCACCUCAACAGCUACUUCUCCACACUGGACAUUCAGCUGAGAGACUGUUUGGAGCCUGAUGUGUACGAGCUUUUCCAUAAGAAGCUGACUGAACAGGCUCUCAUUAAAGACCCAAAGUUCCUCUGGUGCAGCCAUUGCUCAUACGGCUUCAUCUACGAUGGUGAUCAGCUCAAGGUCACUUGUCUGCAGUGCAGGAACAGCUUCUGUGCUCAGUGUAAGAAACCUUGGGAGGCUCAGCACGCCGGUCUGUCCUGUGAGCAGUUUCAGUUGUGGAAGCGAGAGAAUGACCCAGAGUAUCAGCGGCAAGGCCUGGCGGGAUACCUGCGUGACAACGGCAUCACCUGCCCUAACUGUAGGUUCCAGUACGCUCUGGCCCGUGGGGGCUGCAUGCACUUCAGCUGUUCUCAGUGCCGAUAUCAGUUUUGCAGUGGCUGCAACAACCCGUUCCACACGACCUGUGCAGUGGCCCAGUGUAGUGUGACAGGUCUUCAUGCCCAUCACCCCAGAGACUGCCUCUUCUACCUCAGAGACUGGGAGCCUUCCAGACUUCAGGCUUUACUGCAGAAAAAUGGUGUGGCCUAUAACACUGACACUGCUCCAGGAACACAAACAGGUGUGUGUGGUGUGAUUGAGCAGAAGGAUGAAGGUGCUCAUCAGACAGACUCUGCUUGUGGAGCUCAAACCCAGCCUGGCCAGGCAGGACUGUGCGAGAAACAUUACCGUGAGUACCUGGUUAGCCUCAUCAAUGGCUACUCUAUCGACCCUGCACCUCUUUUCAACUUCAAUGAGCUCCUCCUCGCCUGCAGGAGAUACCAAGUGGAGCUCGCUCGAGGGGAGGGGGAAGACGACAGGCCAUACUACAAUCGGCUAAUGAAGAAACUUCUAGAAGACGUUCCUCUGGGUGACAAGGUGCCUCGAAAGAAGUGAAGAAGGAUUUUACUCAAACAGCUUUUACCACUGGAUUUUUUUGUAAUUGUUCGUGUGGCUGCACAUCGUUGGUCUUUGAGUAAAACAGUGACAACUCCCUGCUUUAAAACCCGAACGGUUUGCCUAUGGACUUGCUGACAUCAGAGGGAGGAACGCAGCUCAACAUAGACGCAAUGUCGAGGCAGUUUAAUGUGUUUUAGUUGUAAGGCAGCCGAUAUAAACAGCACACCAGCAUGAUUUUACCCUUGUGUUCUCAGACUAUUUUCAUGUGCACUUUAAGUUUCUUGUCUCAGCAAGACAAGGCUGGCAUAACGGCAAUCUACAAAGAAGGUAAUUAAUGAUUCUUUGUUUACAAUUAAUUAUCAAUGUCAUAUUUUCUAAGCUUCUACUGACUACUCAUGCGUACGUUGCAGACAGAAUUAGUGCCAACGGGGACUGUUGGCAUUGCUUGCUAGCUUAUGGAGGGUAUUGUUCCUCUUGUGUUCCUAGCUUAGUUUACAUGGUGUGUACAUUGAUCAUAUCACUGUGAUUCUGUAUUUUGCUUGUCUAUGCAUUCAAUAAGCUGAAAAGAAGUCCAGCUUCCAAAAGACUGCCACAGUAAACGUGUGCCGUCUGCAUGAACGUGGCUCAUGAAUGCAUGUCUUCCUUCUGUAUGCAUUAUAUAUGACAGGACAUACCGAACCAUUAAGUCUGUUACAGUUUGCUUGUUGUUGGAACGUGAGCAUCUAAUGACGCAGAUUGAGGACGUCGGGGGGAAAAGAAGGUAGCCUGUGAAAUCACUUGCUAAUAAAACCAAACAGUUCUCUUACUUCUGAAGGUUGCAUGCUGAAUAACCACUUGCAGUUGUACAAUAUAAGUUGCCACUGGAAACAUGAGGUUUAAAGCGCAUUAUAAAUAAAGCAUAAUUGUCCUUCCCUCAGUGCCGGUUUUCCUCUGUCUUGAUGCUGGAUACGCCGAGGGCCUGUAGUCAGGGAAACCACCGUUUAGGGCACUAUUUUAGACUGAGGCAGCCUUCAGAGCCAGAUUUUUCCUGAAUUUAUGAAUUCUGCCCCUGACAUUUAUGAUCACAUGAGAGAGUAAUCAAUUUCUAGAACUAUAAAACUCAUAAAGGCUGAAAUAAUGGCAGAGUCGAUGGCAUUCAGGGUUGGGAAGGUUAUGUGUGAAAUGCUUUCUUUUACUGAUUCUCUGAUUGAAGGUGCAUGGUCACACUAACAUGCUGUUGCUUUUGAACUGCUUUUGAAAGGCCGUAUGCUGAUUCUGAUUGUCUCUGAUUACAUGUUUGCUUUAUUUCAGUGCACUGAAAAAUACACAGUAACCUUUAAUCAGCGUAACUGGGAAAAAAGUGCCUCCGAUUCUUUUAGCGAUGCCAGAGGAAGGGCUUUUUGUUCCUUAAGGCAACGUAUUUGAAAUGUAAAAUAAUCUAAGCUUAUCUAUGUCAAUUUAAGGGUUCGUCCUGGGACUUCUGCUCAGAUGGGAUUCCGCUGCGAUUAGCCUAUUUCCAUGCAUUCAAUCACCAGUUUGUUUCUGUAACCAUUAUAAUUUUUUUGGGAUUUGAUUGUUGUCCAGUAUAAUAUUUAAAGAGUUUGGACCGUGCCUGGUGGUGGGGAAACCACCUUUCAAUUGAAGAAGGGAGGUGAACUCUGAGAAAUUAGGCUUGAUUACUGAAUGGCUUCUGCCUGGUGUUUGAAGGCUGGAAACCUUCCACCCCUCACCCCCCGGGAAGGAGAUAGGGUGGUGAGAAGGAACUUUAUCACAGAAGUCAGAAAGUAGAGACAGGAAUUUUAAGGGCUAGUUAGAUUGGGGGUGGUGCUACAGGUGUGGUCACUCCCAAAUUUCAGUUAUUACAUUUAGCAAAUUGAUAUGCUGUUAUAUUCAUGUUCAGCUAUGGUGGUCAGUGUAAAAGUUCUGAAACAGUUAACGCAGGCAUUUGCAAAUCGAGCUACAGUUUUGUUGAGACUGGCUGAGACUGACCGAGAAGUAAAUUACAAUGCUUCUUGGUAAUAAUUGUGAUAAUUAAAAAAUGCAAAAAAUUUUUAUGAAUAGUCCAUUUUCAGUCUAUAAUUUGACUAACAGGGUUGUUCUUUUACCGUGUCCCCUUGAAUAUCACAUCAUCACUGAAAAUAAAGAAAAAACGUGUCUUCUUUUCAA